AGCUGGAAGGUGCUGCGCUCCCAGUAUUUGGAGACACAAGAAAAGGAAGCACGAGAUUGCAGCGUGAAACAGGAAUCAAACUUUGCUGCAAAGGAUUGGUGUGAUGAAGCAGAUGACUGGGGAGUUUGUGAUGGAGCAGAAUCUCCUGCGUAUGCCUCCCUGCAUCUGCUUGGCUCAAAUGAAGCAGGGAGCAGCUCCUUGUGCAGAGAGGUGGAGUGUACAUCCCAGUUCCAACAGCUUCGCUUGUCGGAAGCUAUGAACGGGUCAGGUUCCCUGAAUACACGUGCUCCAGUCAGCGAGGGAAGGGUAAUGGCAACGUCUAGUUCAGCUCCUGUGUUCCAGCCCUUUUACAUUAGUGUUGUGGAUGAGGAAGACUACACUGGUUUCCUUGAUACAGAUCAUGCAGAUAAGCUAUUGAAGGAGUAUCAGCAGAGAGAGGGUGUUGAUUUGGAACAGUUGAUGUCAGAAAGUUUUGCUGGUGAAGGUGAUAAUGAAAAAUAUGAGAAGAGUGAAGUCAAAAGCAGGGACCACACAUUCCAUAAAUUUCUGAAAAGGAUAUCUGUGUGUCGUGAACAGAUUCUAAGAUACUCUUGGGGUGGCCAGCCUUUAUUCAUAACAUGUCCUCCAGCCAACAUUGACAAAGCUAUUCCAGCUUGUAGUAACUGUGGAAGCAACAGGAUAUUUGAGUUCCAGCUCAUGCCAGCGCUGGUCAGCAUGCUCCAGAGUGAUUCAGAUCUGUCAGUGGAAUUUGGAACUGCUAUUGUUUACACGUGUGAGAGAAGCUGUUGGCCCACAAAUCAUCAAACCCCUCUGGAAGAAUUUAUUUUUGUACAAGAAGAUCCAGAUCAGAAAUUAUUUAAAUAAAUUUUAUUUCUCCGCAUAGAUGGAAA